UGUCCCCGUGUUGUUUAUAUCCUGUCCUCCGGAUUCUCACCGCUUGUCCUCUGUCUCUGAAGCCGACCAUGAGCGCUUCUUUGCGGGCUCCGUGUCUGCUGCUGCUCGGCCUCCUGCUCUCCGGCUCCUCCGGGUCCUCCCGGGUCCGGGUCCGGGUCCGGAUCCCUCCUCACGACCAGGUGGCCCGGGUGGCCCGCUUCGUGGCUCACCAGUGUGACUGGGGCUCCCUGGCCACCUUGUCCUCGCACCCCCCGCUGCAGGGCCGGCCCUUCUCCAACACCUUCAGCCUCAGCGACGGGCCGCCGGGCUCCGGGACCGGCGUGCCCUACCUGUACCUGAGCAUGGAGGUCUCCGUCCAGGACCUGCAGGUAACCCCGCGGGCGUCCCUGUCCAUGUCUCUGGCUCAGACAGAUUACUGCAGACAGCAGGGCUUCGACCCUCAGAGUCCUCUCUGCGCUCACAUCAUCCUGUCAGGAUCUGUGCUGGAGAUUAACGGGACGGAGGCUGACUUUGCUAAGAAGUCUCUGUUCAGUCGACACCCGGAGAUGAUCGACUGGCCGUCCGACCACGGCUGGUUCUUCGCCAAGUUCAACAUCACACAGGUUUGGGUGUUGGAUUAUUUUGGCGGGGUGAAGACGGUCACUCCUGAGGAAUACUUCCAGGCCUCGCUGCAUACCAAACACCACUGACACCCACUGCUGCUGCUGGGUGUUGUAGUUCUGUUUUUCCUGUUUGUAGUUCUGCUGGACGACAAAAAGAGGAAUUAUUUUAC